UGUAUAUAUAUUGUCUAUAAAUAUAUCAUAUUUAUAUAUAUUUAUUUAUAUGUACAUGCAUAUAAAAACAAGACAAGUGGAGUGUUUAUUUUUAAAAUGACGGACCGUAAUAAUUUAAAGGUGCGGUAAACAUUUUCUUCCACAGGUGAAAAGAAACGUAAAAAGGAAAUUUUAAAAAACAGCAGGGAUUAUAUAUACAAAUAUAAAACCAAGCUCUCGCAAAUAUAUAUAUAUAUGAACAAGGUUUUGAACAAGAAUUAUUUGCGGGAAAGGUGAGAUAUCGAUAUGAUGCUGACGACAAGACUUAUGUUUGCUUUUCCUCUUCCUCUUUUUUCUUCUUGUUAUUGAUGAUCAUGGCGAUGAUGAUGAUGAUAGAUAUAAAAAUAGAAACUAAAAGAAAAAGAAGCAGAAGCGAAAAGAAAAUCUGAUCUGCUUUCAAAAUAGAUGAACGUCUGGGGGGGUUGGAGAAAAAAAAAUUUUAAAGAGUGUGGUUGGUGUUAAUGAUGUUGAAGGUGUUGCUGGUGAUGAUAGUAGAGAGACUUGCUUAACAAAAAAAGAAGUGUUGAAGCUGUGAAAAUUGCUGUCGGUGAGUAGAAGGAAAGAGGGAAGGGGAAAAGCGGUAACGCUUCGCAGUGGUGGCCUCGUCUCUCUCUCUCUCUCUUUCUAUCUAUCUAUCUCUCUCUCUCUCUCUCUUCCGGAUUGAUUUUUCACUGUCCUCACUUCCUUGUAUGGUGUCCUUAAAGAGACGUUGUUUUGUUGGAACAUAGAGCUACGACCAUUCUCACUAGUCCCUCUCUCCUCACAUUCCUUCGAUCUCUUUCCUCGAUUGUUUACGAUCUCCUAACAAAUACAUAACUACCAUGUCGUUCCCGCCUGGUCCUCCCAUAGGCUUGCCUCAUAUGGCGCCAGGUAUGAUGACACAGAGUUACACUUUCACACCCAUGGGAAUGGUUCCAAUGGGUGUCAGUAUGAUCCCGCCAGCCUCCGUCAUGAGGCCCAUCAUAACGUCCACUACAACAGCUGUUGCAGCCCUGGCCGCAGCUGUUCCCUCAGUGUCGUCUUCGUCCACCCAUCAUCUUUCCAUCACCUCUGCCACAACUCCCAUGUUCAAUUCCGGCCAAAAACAUCUUCAACAGAAUCACAAGAAGUUGAUCCCUCAGGAGAUUCCAAAGACAGAAUUAUUUACAAAAGAAGAGAAGCCGCCUGUGACCACCGUGUUUGUGGGUAACAUAAGCGGGCGAUCACCUGAUACAAUGAUCAGGGAAAUGUUACAACGAUGCGGAAACAUUCUUAGUUGGAAAAGAGUCCAGGGUGCUUCGGGAAAGUUACAGGGUUUCGGAUUCUGUGAAUAUGAGGAGCCUGAGUCUACCUUAAGGUGUAUUCGCCUUUUAAAUGAAUGGCAGAUCAACGACAAGAAACUUGUUGUCAAAGUCGACGCCAAAACCAAAGCGCUGCUGGAUGAAUACAAAGCUAAGAAGAAAAACGAGCUUAAUAAAUGGUUAGAGCAGAGCCAGAAGAAUUCAUCUUCGAAAGAGAGAACUUCAAAAGUGACAACCUCAAAAGAUGAGACAGAAACCAAAGAGAAAAAGGAUGGAGAGAAGAGCAAUGAGUGUGCAAGUGGCCCUGGGGAUGUGAGUAAUAAAACUGAGAAAUCUCCACCAACAACAGAGAAACCUCUGACAGAAUUGGAGAAACCAUCAACAGAAUCAGAAAAACUUCCAGCCGAAGAGACUGAAGAACAAUAUCAGGAACAAGUUAGCAAUGAAGCUAGGGUCAAUGAUUUGGAUCAGAUAACCAUGAGAGAAGACUGUGUGACGAGAGCUGGCUUGGAAGCAAUCAUGCGCGACUAUGCUGAGGAACUUGCAAAAGAGCCACCUGUUGAUCAAGAGAAGGAGGCGAAACAAGCACAGAAGAAGAGUAAAGAAGAAAAAGUGCAGGCUGAUAAAGGUUUGGACGAUAUGGAGUUGGAAGAAGAGAAGAAGGAAAUAAUUAACCGUGAGAUAAAGAGUUUCCGAGAUUUGCACAAGGAAGACGAAAACAGUGACAAGUCAAGGCAUCGAGAACGAGACAGACGUGCACAUGAGGAACGCAUGCGAAGGGAGAAGAUGCGCAAAGGGAAAGUUUAUGAACGAGAGCACAGGGAACGGAGCUGGUCCAGGAGUAUGUCACGAUCUUGCUCCCGGUCAAGGUCACGCUCGAGAUCACGCAGGGACCGGUCUAGAGACAGCUCUCGUGAAAGGUCGUGUGACAGAUCGCGUGAAAGAUCAAAAGACGGAGACAAACGAGGAAGAGACUGGGACCUUGAGGAUGAAGAGGAAGCUUACGAGAGGAGAAAACUAGAGAAGAAAUUGCGUGAGAAAGAGGCAGCUUAUCAGGAGAGAUUACGGAACUGGGAAGCCCGGGAACGGAAGAAGAGCAAGGAAUAUGAGAAAGAGAAAGAUCGAGAAGAGGCCCGGAAAUGUGAGGAAAAUAAAGAAGCACGGAGGCUAAAAGAGUUUUUGGAGGAUUAUGAUGACUUAAGAGAUGACCCAAAGUUUUACCGAGGCAGCGCAUUGUCUAGACGGCUGAAAGAACGAGAAAAAGAGAAAGAAAAUGAUGCAAGGGACCGACAACGAGAAAAAGAAGAGCUGGAAGAAAUUAGGCGAAGAUUAAUGGAAGAAGGUCAUGCUGACCCUGAUGGUGAAAUUGCGAAAAUGGAACGAGAAAGAGAUGAGCAUUUAAAACCUCGACUACAUUUACUUCCCCCCUUACCAGAACCGAAACUACGUCACAACUCCCCAACCACUUCACAUAAGCGGGAACAGAAAUCUGAAGACUCGAAAUCAACUCUGCCACGCAUGCAGGCCACUUUGAAACUUGUCACCUCAAAAGUAAAUAAUUCCCAUUCCAACAGUUUAUCACAGACUGAGAGAAAGGGAAAGAUCUCAAAAACUGGUGCCGAUGGAAAGUGCGAUGAUCGAGACAGCGGAAGUGAAGUAGAAGAUGCAGAAAGUGAUGCUGGUAACAGCUGCAACAAAAAUAAUAACAGUAAUGCAGGUCCUGCCAGAAAUAUGAACACCCAACCAGUUUUCAGUCCGGCUGUGAAAGAAGAGGUUACCACGAAAAUUGGGUUCAAUGCCAUGAAACUACGCACUUCUGACAGCCCCAACGAUCUAUCUAACACAAAGCGGAAAAAAAUCAUAAUCGGAGACGUAUUUGGCCAAGACGACUAUUCCUCGGAGGCAUCGCAGCGUAAACGCAAGCUUGUGCCACUGGACUACGAGGAAGAAAAAUCCGAGAAAAAGGUGGCCACCUCCAUAGAAGAGAAACGACAACAGAUUAAACAACUCAUCGAACAGAUUCCGACCGGCAAGGAGGAACUAUUUGCCUACUCCCUCGACUGGAGUAUCGUCGAUCAGGUCCUCAUGGAUAAACGCAUCAAACCCUGGGUUAAUAAAAAGAUUGUCGAAUACAUCGGAGAAGAAGAAGCGACCCUCACAGAAUUCAUCUGCCAGAAAGUGGUGGGCCGUAGCACACCUGCCAACAUUCUCAAUGAUGUGGCAAUGGUACUGGACGAGGAAGCAGAGGUGUUUGUGGUUAAGAUGUGGAGACUGUUGAUAUACGAGACAGAGGCCAAAAAAGCUGGACUGGUCAAAUGAAAGCGACUAGCAGGGUGGGGGGGUUGAUCUUUACUGUUUUGACAUCUCAUAAUCAUAUACAUUCAUCGACUCAUUCUUCAUACACAUGCAUAUAUACAGCCACAUAUACACACAUGCUCACAUACAUGUAUACAUAUCUGUAUAUACAUAACUUUAUACAUAUACCUCAACAUAAACAUGACAAUGUGUGUAAAAUCUUCUAAAAAUAUAUACAUAUAUAUAUAUAAGACUGAUACAUAUAUUUAUGUGUAACUAUAUAUAUACAUUAUAUAUAUAUAUAAAUGUUGCAGACAGAAACACAUUAUAUACGCACACACAUAAUAUAUAAACGCACAUAUAUAUGCAUACAUUUAUAUGCAUGUGUAUAAAAUAUUAUUUUCAUAGGUAUGAAUGUAUGUAUGUGUGUAUAUAUAUAUUCACACAUAUAUGUAUAUAUAUAUAUAUAUACACAUACACAACACACAUUACAUAGAAAAAAAGACUGCUACAAUUGUGAGGAUACAUAUCUACAACUCUACACACAUGCAUGUGCAUACAUGUACGUGCAUGUGUAUGUAUGUAUGUAUAUACACAACGCAUUUCCACAGACACAUCUAAAUAAACUGAUGUGAUAUUUAAAGGUGGGGGGGAGGGGUUUAAAAGAAGAAUAUUUUAAAAGGAGGCUUGGAGGGCAGCAGAGCAGAAAGGAGGAACAUUAUUGAACUGUAAAACUAUGAGAGAAAAGGGGGUGAAAAAAAGGGAGAAUGAAACCCAAAAACUGUACAAACAAAAUUGUUG